UGCCUUCUUGCUCAUCGUUUCUUGUGCCAAUGCUGCCCUCCGUAAGAGUAAGACAAUACUUCCAUCUGCAUAACACCACACUCCUCUCCUCUCCUGUCUGCCACCAUCCUUCUGCUUGAUAUCCAUCUUGUCCUGAUCCGUUUGUGUGGUUUUGCGUCCUCUCAAUCCGUCACCAUUCAUUCACGCCUACUCUCACGCUCAGACAGAAAAGCAAGGGAAUUUUUCCAGUCAGUUUAUUUUACGGAGAAAAAACACACCUUAAAAGCCUUUUUUAAACAAAUUGAUAGUUUAGAAGAAUUUCUGACUGAUAGAAGAAGCGGGACGGAUCAAGACAGACAGUCAUUUCAUUUAUUAUUUUACGCAUCAACAUUCGCACGUAGCCUGGAGAGGAAAAAGCUGAGAACGCAAUUGUGUUUUCUGAAAGAAUUACUUAGCUUUGUGGACGGUGUCGCCGCGUUGAAGCGAGGGGAAUUUAAUAACUAAUCCAACAGUGUUAAGUUUGCUGAGGUAGGCUACCUGUCAGGGAAAUAAAUAGCGAAGAAGCACCGUGGAAAGAUACACGCGUCAUUUCCAAGACACCAGCGCAACAAGCCAACACCAUUACACCAGCCUGCUGCGUGGAUGGCACACUGGGUGUCUUCUUCUCUUGAACUGGUGCAGAGCAGCCUCGCUGAGACCAGGGUCCAGCUGAGAUUCGGGGCUUUCGAGCGAUAUGAAAGAUAAGUUCCUUUCCUGAGGCCAUAACUUCCACUCUGAGCUGACUCACAGAAAACUGCACCUCGAGAGUCCAAGCAUCAUCACGCUGCCAUGUUUCUGAACAAGCGUAUCCUCGCACCAUGCAUGUUCAUGUCCUUGCUGCUGGUUCUGCUCCCAGGAGUCACUCGUGUCUCCCAGGGCAGCGCCAGCCUUGAAGAUACUGACGUCGCAGCAGGCAACUGCUCCAGCACUGAAAACUGCACAGAUGGCGUGGUGCUGCCCAUGUGGAACCCCACAAACCCCGCGGUGGGGGACAAGGUGGCACGCGCCAUAGUUUACUUUGCAGCCCUCAUAUACAUGUUCCUGGGCAUGUCCAUCAUCGCAGACCGCUUCAUGUCUUCCAUCGAGGUCAUAACCUCCCAGGAGAAGGAGAUCACCAUCAAGAAGCCCAACGGUGAGACGACCACGACCACUGUACGCAUCUGGAACGAGACAGUAUCCAACCUGACUCUGAUGGCGCUGGGCUCAUCUGCACCAGAGAUCCUUCUGUCCCUCAUUGAAGUGGUCGGCCAUAACUUCGAGGCUGGAUCUCUGGGGCCCAGCACCAUUGUGGGCAGCGCUGCGUUCAACAUGUUCAUUAUCAUCGCUAUCUGUGUGCACGUGGUGCCCGAAAAUGAAGUCCGGAAGGUAAAGCACCUGCGGGUGUUUUUCGUCACUGCUUCCUGGAGCGUGUUCGCCUACAUCUGGCUGUAUAUCAUCCUGUCUGUGGUCUCCCCGGGAGAGGUGGAGGUGUGGGAGGCUGUCCUUACCUUCCUCUUCUUCCCCAUCUGUGUGCUCCAAGCCUGGAUCGCAGACCGCCGCCUUCUCUUCUACAAGUACGUCCAUAAGCGUUAUCGCGCUGAUAAGACCCGAGGCAUUAUCAUUGAGUCGGAAGGAGACGCCAUGUUUACUAAAAUGGACUUGGAGAUGGACGGCCAGGGUGGGAACUCCCACACUCACCCCAAAGAGGCGCUGGAUGGGAUGCUGGAGGGCGUGGAGGAAGGUGGAGGGAGCGCGGAGCAGGAUCAGGAAGAAGAGGCCCGACGGGACAUGGCUCGCAAUCUGAAAGAUUUAAAACAAAGGCACCCGGAGAAAGACAUGGAGCAGCUGAUCGAGAUGGCCAACUACCAAGUGCUGGUGCAACAACAUAAGAGCCGGGCCUUCUAUCGCAUCCAAGCCACGCGCAUGAUGAUCGGAGCGGGGAACAUCUUGAAGAAGCACGCCGCCGACCAGGCCAGGAAGGUGGUGAGCUGUCAUGAGGCCAGUGGGCAGGAGGAAGACCCCAACACCAUCUACCUGCAGUUUGACUCCGAUCACUACCAGUGCUUCGAGAACUGCGGCUCUCUGAAGCUGUCAGUCACUCGGCACGGAGGAGAGAGUGGCUGCACUGUGAAGGUGGACUACCGUACGGAGGAUGCGACCGCCAACGCCGGCUCAGACUACGAGUUUGCCGAGGGCACUCUGGUCUUCAAGCCUGGCGAGACCACCAAAGAGUUCACCGUCGGUGUCAUUGAUGAUGAUAUCUUUGAAGAAGAUGAGCAUUUCUACGUGCGCCUGAGCAACCCACGUAUCGUGCACCGGGCUGAGGUCUCUGUCCUGGAGCCAAACUCCAUCACCUCCAGCAACAGCGCGGGAGGGAUCUCCAACGCCCCCCCCAAGGCCGCCCUGGGCACCGCCAGCACCGCCACGGUCACCAUUUACGAUGACGACCACGCCGGCAUCUUCACCUUUGAGAAUAUGUCCAUGAGGAUCAGCGAGAGCGUGGGUAACAUGCAGGUGAAGGUCCACCGGACGUCCGGGGCCAGGGGGAAGGUGGCGGUGCCCUACCACACCGUCGAGGGCACCGCCAAGGCCGGCGAAGACUACGAGGACGUGUCCGGCAAGCUGGAGUUUCAGAACGAUGAGACCAUGAAGCUGCUGAAUGUGAAGGUCAUCGAUGACGAGGAGUACGAGAAGAACAAGACUUUCACCAUUGUGUUGGAGGAGCCCAUCCUGCUGGAUGUGGGAAAGAGACAUGGAGACACCAAUGAUAACAAGACAGGCGCGGGACCGGAGGACGUGUCAAAGAUGGGCUGCCCCAUCCUGGGCGAGCACACCACGCUGGAGGUGGUGAUUGAGGAGUCCUAUGAAUUCAAGAGCACAGUGGACAAGCUGAUAAAGAAGACGAACCUGGCUCUGGUGGUGGGGAGCAGCAGCUGGAGGGAGCAGUUUGUUAGUGCUGUCACUGUCAGUGCAGGUAACGACGACGAGGAAGACAGCGGGGAGGAGCGCCUGCCGUCCUGCUUUGACUACAUUAUGCACUUCCUGACAGUGUUCUGGAAAGUCCUCUUUGCUUUUGUCCCCCCCACUGAGUACUGGAAUGGCUGGGCGUGUUUCUUUGUGUCCAUUUCCCUCAUCGGCGUCCUGACAGCUGUGACCGGGGACCUGGCCUGUCACUUCGGCUGCACCGUCGGGCUCAAGGACUCGGUCACCGCCGUGGUGUUUGUGGCCCUCGGCACCUCUGUACCAGAUACAUUUGCGAGUAAAACGGCUGCCAUCCAGGACCAAUACGCUGACGCCUCCAUCGGCAACGUGACGGGCAGCAACGCCGUCAACGUGUUCCUGGGUAUCGGGGUGGCGUGGACCAUCGCCGCUGUUUACUGGAAGUCCAAAGGCAAGGUGUUCAAGGUGGACCCGGGCUCGCUGGCCUUCUCCGUCACCGUGUUCACCGUCAUGGCGCUGGUGUGUGUGAUGGUGCUGGUCUACCGCCGGCGUCCCAGCGUGGCGGGCGGAGAGCUCGGGGGCCCACGGACACCCAAGCUCCUCACCUUCUUCCUCUUCCUCUCCUUCUGGUUCAUCUACAUCCUGUUGUCCUCCCUGGAGGCUUACUGCCAUGUGCCUGGCUUCUGAGGUGGAGGGUAACACAGAGCGCCUCCUCUCCUUGUUGCUACGGUCGACUGAACGUGUUUACUCUCGUUUUUUGUCUAUUUUCACAGAUGUUUAUAACUCUUUGUAUCAUUAGUUAUUAUUGAUACCGCGCAAUAGGCUAUUUGAUUGACUUUGAAUCUUUGGACUUUGGAACUUUGCUAUGCUGUUAUAUAUAGAUUUAGCCACUGAAAUUAAACUUUUUUUUUUUUUUUUUUUUUAAACACAAUACAUUGGAUAUUGAUCCAAUCAUUGCUUUCAGCAUUAACGGCAUCCAACCUUCUGUCGCUUAAAACCUCUGCCAUCGUGUCCUCUCUCUGUGUGGACAAUUAUUUUAGUUUGUAGUGUUAAGAAAGUACAAGAUUUAAGCAGUAUUUUGAAAGGUGUUGUAAAGUGAAUUGAAGGAAAGUGCAUGGAAUGACAUUUUAAUGACAUUUGCUUGAAAGGAAAGAUAUUACUGAGGCUGGAGUGAGGCAUUUGUGUGUUGAUAUUUAUUACUCAAUCUAUACAUUAAUUACUCAUUGUGUAUCAUCAAAAAGAUGAACAUUGUGCGUGGGAGUUUUGUGAAUGGAUAGGUGUGUUUCAUUUUGCACGUUAUCAGAUUAAGAGCUUCUUGGUAAUCUUAUUAAGUACUGUAUGUAAUAUUUUGACAUGAUGUGGUGAUGUGUUACUGUGAAUCACUGCUGUGUCACAACCUUUUCACUGCUCGCCAGGGUAAAAAUGCCUUCUUUUUAGUUACAACAUACAUCGACCUGGAGCAGAGUGCCCGCUUUAAAUUGUACUAUGAAGUAUACAUUAUUUGAGCAUUGUGUGUGUGUGUGUGUGUGUGUGUGUGUGUGUGUGUGUGUGUGUGUGUGUGUGUGUGUGUGUGUGUGUGUGCGUGCACUUCUGCUCUCCAGCACAAAUUGGCGAAGGCAUGGCACAAUUUCCUUAUUGACAAAGUGCUGUCUGCGUACAGAGAGGCGAAGGACAACUGUUUUCUUGAACUUUUUUUAACAUCACUUUUAGAAUGAAGCACAGCCACGAAAGGGGUCACUUUCCAGAUGAGAAUAGGAAUAGUUAUUAGGCCCUAAUCUUAGCACAAUCCCCAAAUCCAUCGUCUGAGAUGAAAAUGUGCCCAAACACAUGUACAGUUUUUUUCCUGAGUGUCUUUUUGUUUUUCGCACAGCGGUUGAUAUUGAAAUUUGUUUUUAUUUACUCUCGGAUCAGUAGAGCCAUAUUUAUUGUAACAGUGUUAUGGUAAAGGUAUUUAUAUGACCAAUUUCAGUUGUAUUGAUAUGCACGUUUAAUGUACAAAAAGUGGAAAUAAAUGUUGCUCAUUUAUAACGCUG